UUCAAAUCACCCAAAAUUAACACUGGCACACGCCCAAACGGUAAGGGCAGAAUCGUAAAUCUACUCCUCUCCGCCCCGAUAAAUAUCCACCCCUCUUUCUUUUUCUCUCUCGAGUAGCUAAAAACCCCCGUUUCGAUUCAUCGUCAACAACACUCGUCGUCGCCCUCCCAAAUCCCUAAACCCCCCUCGCGAACCCUCCAUGGCCUCCUCCUCCUCCGCCGACGCCGCGGCGCCGGAGCCGGCGCCGACGCCGACGACGACGACGCCGCCGCGGGCGCUCCCGCUGGCGGGGCGCACGGCGAUCGUGACGGGCGCGUCGCGCGGGAUCGGGCGCGCCAUCGCGGCGCACCUCGCGUCGCUCGGCGCCGACGUCGUCCUCGGCUACUCCUCCAGCCCCGCCCAGGCCGAGCUCCUGGACGUGUCGGACCCGGCGGCGGUGGCGGCGCUCUUCGACGGGGCGGAGGCCGCGUUCGGGCGCCCCGCGCACGUGCUGGUGGCGUGCGCGGGGUUGAUCGACUCCACGUAUCCGACGGUGGCGGAGACGGAGGUCGGGGACUGGGACGCCAUCUUCGCCGUCAACGCCCGCGGCGCCUUCCUCUGCUGCCGCGAGGCCGCGCGCCGCCUCGCCCGCGGCGGCGGCGGCAGGAUCGUCGCCAUCUCUUCCUCCCUGGUAGGGGCACUGAGUCCAGGGUACGCCGCGUAUACGGCGUCGAAGGCGGCGGUGGAGACGAUGAUCCGGAUCAUGGCCAAGGAGCUGAAGGGGACGAUGAUCACGGCGAACUGCGUGGCGCCGGGGCCGGUGGCGACGGAGCUGUUUUAUGCAGGGAAGAGCGAGGAGGCGGUGCAGCGGCUGGCGGCAGCGAACCCGAUGGGCCGUAUUGGCGAGCCGACUGAUAUCGGUCCGGUAGUCGGGUUUCUCUGCUCCGACGACGCAGCUUGGGUCAACGGUCAGGUCAUCCGAGCCAAUGGUGGAUACGUUUAGUAACGGCCGCCAAUGGUGGAUACGUUUAGUAACGGCCAUUUACUGUGCCAUGCAUUGCUUACAAAGCUUUUUUUUUUUUUUCAGUGUAUAGUAUAGUAAAUUUCCAUGUGUGUUAGAUUUCGUUUGCCACCGCCGAAAUAUUACAUAUUGUGCGAUAAAAAUGUUUGUACGUAUUUUAUAUAUCGCGAUGAAUCGGUUAAAAUAUUUUAUUUA